GAGGUAAAGGGUAGGACAGGAGAUAUCGAAUAUCUGAAAAGGAAUAAUGAAAAGCUUUCCAGUAUGGAGGCGCACCAACGAAGGACAACGUUGAGCAUGCGCGAGACCGUAGCUCCUUGCAGAUACUAUGAGCGGUGGUGUCUACGGUGGUGACGAGGUCGGUGCUAUCAUUUUCGACGUUGGACAUCAGAGCCUUCGCGUUGGAUAUGGCGGUGAGGAUACACCGAAGGCUGAAAUCCCAACGAAUCUUGGCGUAUGGGAGGAUCCCGUUGAUUCGCCUGAAUGUAAUCAUACCGUCAGGAAACACUACAACAUUGACGUCACGGCCAUUCAAGUCCGUAAGAAGGAUAUGGAGAUGGUCAGCUUGAUGAAAGAUGGAAUGGUCGAAGAUUGGGACAUGUUCGAACGUUUAACCGAAUACACAUACAAACAACGUCUUCAUGCUUUACCGGAACACCAUCCGAUCCUGAUGACGGAGUGUCCCUGGAAUACUAGAUUGAAACGAGAGAAACUUCUUGAAUUAAUGUUCGAAAAGUUUAAUGUUCCUGCUAUGUAUAUCUGUAAGAAUGCAGUUUUGGCGGCUUACGCCAAUGGGAGAUCAACCGCUAUGGUUGUCGAUAGUGGUGCGACGCAUACCAGUGCCGUUCCGGUUCACGAUGGCUAUGUUAUCACACAAGGAAUAGUCAAGAGUCCUUUGGGUGGCGAUUUUAUUACCAUGCAAUGUAGACAAUUUUUUGAAGAAAAGGAUAUCGAAUUGGUACCUGCUUGUCUUGUCGCUAGUAAAGACGUGGUGAGAGAAAGAGAUCCACCACGUUGGACCAGAAGACCUGGACCACAACCAACCACUUCUUGGUUGAGUUACAUGGUACGAGAAGUGUUGCAAGACUUUCAAAUGAAUUGCCUGCAAGUUUCUGAUAGUCCAUACGACGAGGACAUGGCUAAUACUUUACCCAUGAAACAUUUCGAAUUUCCAACUGGUUAUAACGAUGAUUUUGGCUCCGUAAGACUCAUGAUACCAGAGGCACUAUUUGAUCCUAGUAAUGUUAAAGGCGUUGGUGCUAGUAUCCUAGGCGUUGGUCCAUUAGUAACAACAAGUGUCGGGAUGUGUGACAUGGAUAUUAGACCUAGUUUAUACGGUAGUGUCGUAGUCACAGGAGGUAACUCUUGUCUCCAAGGUUUCAGCGAAAGAUUGAACAGAGAUUUGGCUAGUAAAACGCCUCCGAGCAUGAGACUGAAGAUAAUUAGCGCCAAUAGUUCGAGCGAACGUCGUUAUGGUGCCUGGAUCGGUGGCUCGAUCCUUAGCUCUCUUGGAUCCUUUCAACAGAUGUGGCUGUCGAGACAGGAAUACGAGGAAUCCGGGAAAUUGAUUUUAGAACGAGAUCGGGGUCUUUUAGAAAAGUGGAAGGGUGAUUUUGAAACACAACGCACAGAGAUCGAUCAACCUUGCUCGGCUCGAUAAAUCAAAUAAUAAUUGAAUCAAAUUAUA